AAGUAGAGUCCGUUAUUCUAAGAUUGAUCGUACAGCUUUCUUCGGUUGUAAUUAUUAAAAAAUUCGAUAAAGUUGGUGUGGAGCAUUCUGAAUACAAUUAAUUAUGGAUUCCGUAACUAUGACCGAAAUUCAUGAAACUGAAAUUUCAAACUCAAAUGAAAAUGAAAAUGUCCCAUCCACGGCUGAUAUAACGAGCAAGGAUGAAGAAGGUGCUGAAAUUAAAAAGGAUAUCCAGGAUACCGCUACUGCUACUGCUACUGAUCAAUCAUCAAUAAGUAAAGAUAAUUUCGCAGAUGACAAGGAAAAUGAAAAUCCUGAAAAAAUCAAUAUAAUUUCUACUGACAAGAAAAACGAAGAGAAAACUGAAACGGACGCCAUAAGUGCUGUCAUUGUCGACGAUAUUAAAAAUGUCGAAAGUUCAGAAGAGAAGGAAAUCGGUACGGUACUGUCAAUUGAAGUAACCGAGAGUCGCGAUGUUUCAGACGAAAACGAACAAAAACAAAAUACUGAAAGUUUAGUUAAGGCAGAUAUUGUCGAUAGUCCAGUUACAUCCAACAAUGAACAGAUUGAACCAAAAUACGAUACAACUGAAACAUCUACACAAGAUAUAGAGGAAGACGUAGAGGAAGAAGAAGACUCGGAAGAUAGUGAAACUUCUUCUGAAGAUGAAAUGCCAGUAGCAGACACCAAUAAAAAAACAGAAAAAGUGGAAGAUUCUAAUAUUUCAAAGCCUUCAGACUCUGGAAAUGUUGUGCAGAACGAGGAAGUUAAAGAGGAGGUAAAAAAUGUCAACACAAACGAUAUUAGCAACCAGAUUGAGAACAUUAUAUCUGAUAUUGAUAUAAAUAUAAAGGCACAAGAAAAAAUCGCACACCUUAAGGAGCAAGAGCUUGAACUAAUUGAGAAACAAAAGCAAUUAACAAACCAAAUUCAUCAACAGCAGUUAUUAGCACAAAAACUAAUUGCACAAAAUCAAAUUAAAGAGAAUGAACUCAAACGCUCACAAGAGAUUCAACAACAACAACAAGUGCAAAACGAAAACCUCAACCAAUAUAGGCAGGAUUCAGUGUUAGAAACAUAUGCAAAUAAUUAUAAUCAAAUACAGGAUGACAUCUACAAGACAAAAGAAUCUUCAAAUCUAUCAAGGACAGUUGAUUUGCGCAAAAUAUUUACUCCAGCUACAGAUGCUCCUCAAAUAUUACCCAAGAAUCGAAAGCUAUAUGCCUCAUCAGCAUUUUAUUCUCCAACAUUGCAUCCUACUGUGGAGGACCAGGUUGAGCUUGCCCGCCGAAUCUCACAUUCAUUGAGUGAUAUAAGCAAUCAAAAGUCUAAAGGACAAUCAAUGUUUGUCAAUCGAAAAAAACGUUCAGUCAAAUGGGUUCACGAAGGUUCCUUCCAAGGGGAAGACGACAUUGCAAUUAAAGAAAAUGCUGAAGUAACCACGAGCAAGGAACUAACCCAGUUGGAUAAAUUACCAUUAAAACUUAUUAUGAAUCCGCGUGGUCAAAUGCGCGACUAUAACUCACUAAAAGAUUCUAUAAAUAUUGAAACAGGGCUUUUAUCACCUGAAAAUUGCGCUGAGCUAAUAACCGCGUUACAACUGCAUAAGGGUCGAGGAGCUGAGCUCUUUGCAAAACGUCGUCGAAAGGCUGAUAAUUGGGUAGUCGACGAGACUAAUGCCGGUACUCACAGUCCAUCUGGUAUUCCAGAUUUUCAACAAUACCCUGCAAAACCACCUUUAUCACCAAGUAUUUUACCAGCAUAUUCCGAUGCUGGUAAGCAUCGGGUUCAACUGAAUUUACAUCAGGAUCAUCUAAUUGAGAAAUACUCAAAGCCUGGCGUUACCGUUGUUAAAUCGCCUUGGGAAGCUGCUCUUCAAACUGGAUCAGCAAGCACAGCAUUUCUGCAAGAUCCAACAUAUAGUAACAAACAGACGGCCACUUCUUCAUUUGGAUCCCCAGUACAUUUUAAACAAGAUGUAAAUGAUUUCUCUGAACUGACUCAUUCAUAUUCACGACCACCAACCUUCUCUAAUAGCAUUUUAUCAAAUACUAUUGCCGAAGAAUCGAAUAAAAAGAUCAAUGAUACUCGUCUUCUCAAUCAACGCAAUUUGCCAUGCAAUCCUCAAAGAGAACUAGCUUAUAAACCAAGUGUGGCUCAAGGCUGGGGAGGUCGCAAUGUUGAGUUGCCAAAAGAAUAUUUUGAUGAAAAAACUGGGUACAAUAAUAAUAGUGACGAUCUGACGAACUAUCUUAGUGACAGGAAUAAUAUUUUGGUGCUUAAAAAUCUAAAUCUUAAUCAUACGAAUAGUCAACAACAUAAUUCAAAUAAUUUGUACACAAAUAAUACUACAAAUCCCGUUUUUAUCGAUUCAAAUGAUGAAGUGCUACAACGACUCUACCAAUUGGAGUUAUUCCAGAAAAGAUUAACUCUUGAAUUUGGGAUUGAACUUGAAAAUAAUAAAAUACAAUCUGGUAGUCAAAAAUUAGUCGUCACAACAGACAGUGUCAAUAAAAACUCAGGCCAACAUAAUUUCUCUCAAAAUAUGAGUAUGUCAAAUAUUCCAGCAGAGAGUAAAAACUGUGAAUUAGCAAACAACUAUGAAGAAAAUAAUGAAUUUGCUAAUGUACGGGAGUUAAUUUGCUCAUUUGAGAAACAAUCAUUACGAGAUCAUGAUGCGAAGAAUUCCAAAUCAAUUAUAAAUGGCAAUUACGAAUUAACAGCUAAUGAAAACGUAUCAGUAUUCGAAAUGGGCGACACUUCUGUAAUCGAAGGUCUUUAUGUACCUAAGGAGAUUUCGCUGACUAGCUACGCACCACCUCCUGUUCAACAAGGUUCAUCAAUAGCCAAUUAUGCUAAAGGAUGUUCAACUGGAAUUGGGGAAACACUCAAAGGGUUUCCAAUAAGCAAUACAGGAUUAUAUUCAUCACAGCCCCCUAAACAACAACUUUAUGGGCAACAGAGUUACGUGAAGGGGCCCACCAGUUUUAGUCCCUCACCAAUACCAUACGAAAAGUUGUCAAAGUUUGAGGAGACGUCUAAUCAAAGAUCAUUAAACCAAAGCUUUAUAAACGUUGAUAAAACGAACGGAUAUAAUAACCUACGGAAUGUGACACCCGCUCCAUUCGGAACAGAGCUUGAGAAUCGCAAUUAUCCUCCACAAUCAUCGGUUUACAACAAUAAGCGAGUGCACAAUGCACCAGUAACAAGCUUCCCAAGUCAAAGCUUUAACAACUGUGCACGUGGCUGGAGCGUGGGCUCUGGCAAUCAACAAAAUUUGGUAUUCAGUCCAAAAGGUCAAGUUUCCGCAAAUAGACUGCCGUAUUCUGACUUUUAAACAGUUUACUCCAUAAAUAGUAAUAUUAAAAACCUAUACGAUUUGUUACACGAUUUUGAUUUGCGAUACGUUAAUCUCCUAUAUUCUAUUUUUAAAAAUUUACUUUUUUUGAACAUAAACAGGUGCAGAUACAUGAUUGUUUGUUAUUGUUUAUAUGCGUCUUUUAAAUAAUAAUAUUUAAUUAUAAAA